AAUAUUCAUGAAACUUUUACUGCAAAACCUUCUGAGCCAAAAUAGAAGAUUGAUGAAUUGGAAAUAGUUUGAAUGGCAGAAUAUAAUUAUAUGCAGGGUAUUAACUACAUAAAUAAUAAUUCGACGAAAUAGGCUUUCAAAUACAUGUUUGAAGCUUUGAAAAUGCCUAAAACAAGAAAACGAGGGGGAAAACAACCAUUGGUAUGCUAUGUUUUAUUCGAAGAUUAUGAAAAUACAACUAUGACGAGCGUCCUACACAGAGCUCUGCAACUUGUUCUACUUGGUUGAAAGUAGGCUGAGAGUUUAGACGGGACGGGGAGUAAGGUGUCUGAAUCCUCAUCAGAAGCGUCAGAUCAUCGGGAGGGUUACAGCGGUAAGCAGCAGUUCUACACCAGUCGCACGUUAAACCAUGUAAAAACAGAUUACUCACAAAAGCGAAGCAAUAUCACCACAAAAAUAAACAACGGUAACUAAAUACAUAUUGGAAGUCAACUCAUCAGAGCAUGUCCCAGGAUUAUUAAAAUAAACGCCAUUGGACCUUAUUGGAGCUUGAUUGAUAUUGGAACAAACAUUUAUGAGUGAACUGUGCAAACUUUACGAGUUAAUUUGAGAGAAGAGGAAAAAAAAACGGGAGCUAAUGACUGACGUCUAUUAAUUUUAUUAAUGAUAAUUAGAUUAAACAAAAAAGGCGGAACGAGCGAAAUAUACGUCACAGGCUGAGGGGGCUUUCCCAGGUAAAAUAGACCUGUCUCGUUGUAACGAGGUCAGACCGUAAACAGAACGGCAUGUGAGGAUACUAGUAUGGACGAUUUACAGGAGGAGAGUUUAUAGUGAAACAUUAUUAUGAAGUUAUACAAAAUUCGAUUCAUUGUCCUCGGACUAUUACUACGUGUGUUUUUUGUGUGGUGUCAGACUUGCGGUACAAAAUUUACAGACCCGGCCUCCAGUGCUUACCUAGCAGAGGCAGUGGUGGAGGGGAAGGUGUCCAAAAUUAUGACUUCUAAUGAGGAAGGAAGGUAUAAUGUGACAUUGGUGAUCCGGAAAGUUAGAAAAGGUGACAGGCUACUACCGAAAGGGAAGAAAACUAAGAGAUUAACGAUUGGUGAAUUCGGAGAGGAAAAUUUACGUGAUUGUGUGACGCGUAUAACAAAAUCAAAGAAAAAAUAUUUCUUUUUUCUUAAAAAGGUGACGAUUGAAAAAAGUACAUUUUAUAGAAUUUCAGCGUUUCCGGUGUCAGUGUCUAAACAGACUGGACGAUUAAUUAAAAAGGCAGCAUGUAAAACAUGUGGUAAAAAACCAGAGUUAAAGAAAAUCAAAGCAAAAAAUGUGCAGACUGGCAGGAGAUUACAAUUGCGAUGUCGUCUGCGAUCUGGAAAGCCAGACCCGACCAUUGUGUGGACCAAAGACGGAGUUCCCAUUUCCGGAAAAACAAAGGGUGUUCAAAUUAAGAAAAGAAAGAAGUAUUUGCAAUUAAGAAUAAACAAAGCUUCUAGCAAAGAUGCAGGAGUUUAUAGAUGUAUAGCAACCAAUGUUGUCGGAACAACGGCGAAAUCCGUAAACAUUAAAGUGUUCCCCAAGAAAACCCCAACGACGAAACGACCGGCAAAAGUCACAACAUCGGGAACAUCAGGAAGAUAUAUCCCAUGCAGGCCAGAAGACCAGGGCUAUUGUUUGAAUGGUGGAACAUGCCGAAUCAUAAAAGACCUUGAUAUUAAAUCCUGCGCCUGUCGUCGCAGUUACUAUGGAGAACGAUGUGCCAUACGCACUCCAGACAUCCGGGAAUUUUUGGAUGGAAAAUCACCAGACCCCGAUCGGGAUCGAACUUUGACAAUCAUUGGCAUUGUAAUUGGAAUUUUGAUUUUUGUCUGUUUCUGCAUUGCAUCCUACUUCCUUGCAAAGAAUAGACGCAUGGCGUACUUGAAGCGGAAAGCUAAAAAUAAACAGUUGAACGGCACAGUCAUACCAUACACUGUCGUAGAUCCACCACCCAGCGGACGAAUGUUGCAUAGACAGAAUACGGUAAACAUGGAAACACAGACUGAAGAUGGCAAUCUCUACCAACCUUUCCCGAACACAAACCAGGGUUUGUCGAAUGCAUACCUAAAUCCACUAGACAGUAACUUCCUCAGAAAUCCACCUGCGAAUAGAAAUUCUCGGACAAGACUCUCUGGCGUGUCAAUGGAACGGGAAAGGCCGACUUCUCAGCCUGAGACGAUGAUGUCCCCCAAACCACUCUACAACAGAAGUCCAUCAGAUCCAACCAGGCCGUCUCUUCCAACGGAACACCGAGGAGACAAAAUACCAAGGUUGUUUGUCUCGGAUGAAUCAGUUGGAAGCGACGGCGAAGAAGGUACAGAGGACGAUACUUCGUUGCGGAUCAGUGAAGACGAUGAGCGCACUCCGUUUGUACGACAAGAUCCGUCUGAAUCUGGACGUUUCGAUCCAGAUCAGAAUUAUUUUAAAAACGACGAUGACACUUUGUCUCAGAGGUCUCCUUGCGUAGAUGAUGAGUUGAGACGUAUUUACUGUGGAGAUGACAAUGAUAGAUAUGACAGAAGGUGUUCAGAAACUUUAUCAUGGAACGAAAGAGGUUCCCCAGAGCAAUGCCAUCAAGAAAACUGUUUUAAUAUAGAAGAUCCAAUGUACAUUAAAUCAAGCAAUUGUAUAGAUUUGAAAGAUAAUCCAGUUAGCUUUGGCAAUAAUUACAGUCUUACCAACAAUGACCUUCUAGAUGACAAGCCUUCCACGCCUGUUUAGCUAGCAGGAAUUGGGUAUGAGAUACACUUUGUGUUCUCAAAAUUCAAUAUCUUGCCUCCGUGAAAUCUUGCUGGCGGGGUUUUUCGGAGACGAGCAAUAAUGGCAACAGGAAUAUAAGGCUCUGAUAUAUGCCUUGGGAACUGAUAGUCAGAGAGAUGAAUUUUCGAGUAUUAUUGAAAAGUUAAAAGAUAAAAACAACUUCGGAUAGUCGGAAAGAAAAAUGAGGAAAUGGAUGCAUUUUCGUCGUUUCUUUUCCACAUAUUUGUUAUAUGUAAUCAUAAAGUUAUGAACAAAAUUUCAAUUCAGUGCCACUGUUAUUCGAAUUUGUGUGAUAAACUUGAUAUCGCUCACGUGAUUUCACGUGCCUGUUUCGUAUGUCUCUCAUCAUUCCAGAACAGGUGAUAAAAUGUCUCAAGAUGUAUGUUCACGAUGUAUACAUCCCAGUGAUACUUUUAUAUUAUUAUCUGAUGCUUUUGAAUAAUACUUGGUUUUUUUGGACGGUUAUAUUGUAAAUAUGCCUGUUACUUGUUAUAGCUUGUCUUGUAACGUUAUCUUUUAAUAUAUUGUUACUCUUCACGUUUCAUUGUCCACAGUAAAUGUUGCGGUAUUUUCUUAAUAUCAAUAGUCAGUUGAAUAAGGCAUUUAAUGUACAAAGAUUAUGAUAGCCAAUACAGAACUUACAUUCCUUGUUCUCGUUCAUUUGUAUAUAUAAUCAUGUCUUAUUAUUUAUUGUUGUUCAAAACUGUUGGGAAAUGUAAUGCCUUCAAUAUCAUUAUAGUACGUUUUGAACAAAAUGUGCGUAGAAAUCUCACACAAAAACUUUGUCUGGGGAUCGUAUUUCCUAUUUUGAAGAAUGUUGCCAUAUAAAACACUGCCAAUAUCAUGACCUUGUUUUUCCAUUUGUAGUGUAAUUUUGAAAUACAUGUUAUAGACGAUAUUACGCAUUGAUCACUGUUUUUGGCAUGUUAUAUGAAACUUACAUACCAGUUACUUUCCUAUUGGAGUAAAUACGGAUCAGAACAACUUUCAUCAAUACAUAAAUGAAAUUGACACCACUAUGGUAACACGCAGUGUAGUAAAUUACAAAUCCUUGACAUUAAUGCAUUUAUAUGAACAGAAUGAAUGAAAAUGGAAAAUGAAUGUAUGAAUGUGUGGUUUAUUUUAGUUUACAAGGUCGUCUUUUAAGUAUUGUAAUGUUUACAAGAUGAAUUUAUCCUUUCUUCUUAGUAUUGAUUCUGUACCUGUAUGGACUUCUGCAUAUGACGAUCAGAUCGUGUAGAUUUUUGUUAAACGUUUUUGAGACACUACUUUUAAUGGACUACAAAUCUAUUUUUUUAAAGAAAUCCAUUUUCUCAUUCUAUCCUUGCAUUUUAUGUUUGAAAUGGUUUGGGGCUUCUCAAAACAUUGAUGUAUGUCUAAGUUUGCUAAAUGUGUGAUAUUGUUUGAAAACUUACUUAAACUAUCUCUAAAAUUGCGUUUCGUUAAGGAAUAUUUUCAGAUAUAAAACUUGAUUACAUGCCCAUAAGGAUAUGGAUGUCCCCAUUGCCAUUUGGGAAGACAGGCGACUGACAUUUUUCCUUACUGUUCACACAUAUCUUUCUUUUCAUCUUGUGAAAACAUCCUGUUAAUAUUUGCCCCUUAAUUUCCUUUUAUGAGAAGUAUUACGUGUAUUAUUUUUGUGGUGCUAGAAUGCGAGUUGUUUUAAUGCUGUUAUUUAUUCUUAGUGUACGUUUAGUAAUUGUAAAAUUAGAUGUGAAGUAUUUUUAUAAUAAAAUAACUUUGAAGUAUAAAAAAGAAAA